CAGGAGAUGGAACGCGGAAGUAAACGCGAGUGCGUCACUUCCUUGGCGUUGCCGAGAUGGUCAUGGCGGAGGGUACAGCAGUCCUGAGGAGGAACCGUCCAGGAACUAAGGCGAAGGAUUUUUACAGUUGGCCUGAUGAGUCAUUUGAGGAGAUGGACAGCACUCUGGCAGUGCAGCAGUACAUCCAGCAGAACAUCCGCUCAGACUGCGCCAACAUCGACAAGAUCCUGGAACCUCCCGAGGGCCAGGACGAGGGCGUUUGGAAAUACGAGCACCUGAGACAGUUUUGUCUGGAACUGAAUGGCCUUGCUGUUAAAUUACAGGGAGAAUGCCAACCUGACACAUGUACACAGAUGACCGCUACAGAGCAGUGGAUCUUUCUGUGUGCUGCACAUAAAACCCCUAAAGAGUGUCCUGCAAUCGACUACACGAGACACACGUUGGACGGAGCCGCCUGUCUUCUGAACAGUAACAAGUAUUUUCCCAGCCGGGUGAGCAUAAAGGAGUCAUCUGUGGCCAAACUGGGAUCGGUCUGCCGCCGCAUCUACAGGAUAUUCUCCCACGCUUACUUUCACCACCGCCAGAUAUUCGACAAGUAUGAGGACGAGACCUUCCUCUGUCACCGGUUUACUCGGUUUGUAAUGAAAUAUAACCUGAUGUCGAAGGACAAUCUCAUCGUGCCCAUUCUGGAGGAGGAAGUCCAGAACGCCGGCUCUGCCGAGAGUGAUGCCUGAGAAGAUGCACGCUCACACACACACAAUAUAACGUUCAUGCAAAAAUGCUAACAUUUGUGGAUCAGCGCUAGUGGUUGCCUUUGACAGGAUCUCAUUUUUGCAUAACGCCACUAGCCAACUUCAUUCAUCAUGGGCAGUGUUAGGAUUCUUUGAGUGAGGUCUUCUGUUAACACGUUGUAUUGCUAACAUAAAGUACCUCACCUAUAUAAAGGCACAGCCUCAUACAUGACACAUUGUUUCGCUUCAUUGUGUUCAUCUCAAACAAGAAACUCCAUCAUGAGAUCUUAGAAAAGCCAAAUUUCUUGCAUUCUUAAGAAGUUUCAAAGAAAUCAGCUGGCUGAUAAACCCACCCCCACACACACGGCUUUGCCAUCGGCCGAGCCACAGCAACACUACCGGGGCGUUUUGGUGUCAUAACGUUUUAAAAAAUAAUAUAGCAGGGAAAUUAUGGUUAGCACAUGAACUAAAUAAUCAUGCGCCAUAUGUUUUUAACCGACUGCUUGCUUUUCUUUGCUUGUGUUUUCUUUACUCUUGUCUAAGUUAUUGCUAACGUACUGAACUGAAGGUUAGAAAAUUCACUGCUAAGAUCAUCCACUCUUUUUUUUUUUUUUGGUUACAUUUGGUUUCUAUAAAACUGUAUCAUUUACAUUAGUAUGUGAAUAAAUAACUAAUAAACAAGUGUACAGAGCCA